CUUUUUGGUCAUUUGGCUGUUCUUCUACAUUUUUUUGGCUGUUCUACUACUUUUACCAACGGAGGAGGAAUCAUCACUACCAUUUUUUUUGGGGCAAAGAAAUAGUACUGCUACAUGAAUCCUUCAGCACCUCUUCAUCGUUCUCCCUCUCAAACUCCUUUUGUAAAUCAAAUUUUGGCUGCAAUAAUAAAAAACCAACCUUUUGAAACAAGCAUUUCAGCCUCAGCCUCAGUGCAAAACACCCCACAGGCCAAAAUUCCAAUUUGGACAACAGAAACAGUUACUGAAGUUCUAAGAUUCAUCCCAAGAUUCCUGUUUCAAUCCCCGAGAUCAAUUGGCAGUCAAAAGGGCUUUCGCCACCGGGCACCACUGAGACAAAGAAGCCUUAAGAUUGAAUCAUUCAAAGCUCAAAAGGGUAUACUCGUUCUUGGCCCUGCUGCUCAUAGAAACCAAGAAAAAAUCAAUCUUGGAUUGAAAAAAGCUACUGACUUUUACUAUUGGGUUGAAUCCCAUUUUGGGUUUAUUCACAGUGAGUUUACUUGCAAAGAAAUGGCCCUUGUUUUGGUAAAGGGGAAUAGCUUAAAACCCCUUUGGGAAUUUCUUAGAAAGAUGUCAAGAAAAGGGAUUGUUAAUACCUCUAUUAUGACUUGUGUCAUUAAGGUUUUGGGGGAAGAGGGAUUGGUUAAUGAAGCAUUGGCUGCAUUUUAUAGGAUGAAGCAAUUUCAUUGUAAGCCUGAUGUUGUUGCAUUUAAUACCAUAAUUCAUGCUCUUUGUAGGGUUCGGAAUUUUAAGAAAGCUAAGCUUUUGUUGGAACAAAUGGAGUUGCCAGGUUUUAGAUGUCCUCCUGAUACCUUUACUUAUACAAUUUUGAUUAGUUCUUAUUGUAGAUAUGGUAUGGAAACUGGUGUUAAGAAAGCCACCAGGGGGCGUUUGUGGGAGGCGAAUCACUUGUUUCGUAUAAUGAUGUUUAAAGGGUUUGUUCCUGAUGUUGUGACUUAUAAUUGUUUGAUUAAUGGAUGCUGUAAGACUUAUAGGAUAGAGAGGGCAUUGGAGUUGCUUGAUGAUAUGAUUAAGAGAGGCUGUUUGCCUAAUAGGGUUACUUAUAAUUCUUUUAUCAGGUAUUACAGUGCAGUGAAUGAAAUUGAUAGGGCAAUUGAGAUGCUGAAGAAAAUGAAAGAACUGAAUCAUGCAACCCCAACAACUAGUUCGUAUACUCCGAUAAUUCAUGCUUUCUGUGAAGCAGGAAGGGUUGUGGAGGCAUGGGAUUUUCUAGUUGAGUUGGUAGAGCAAGGAUCAAUUCCCAGAGAGUAUACAUAUACGUUAGUUCAAGAUGCUUUAAAGUCUUCAAGUCAGAUCAAUGUUUUAGACAGAAAAUACUGCAAGAAAAUUGAAGAGGGUAUUCAGAACAGAAUCACUCAAGUAAUGAAGAUGAAACCAAUUUUGAAGCGUGAAACCAAUCUGUACCCAUGGAAAUGUCUGGAGAUGAAUGUCAUGUAAAGUGUAAACAAAAGGAUAGAGAUUUUAUUGUCUGAUAUAAGUUUCAAUGGUCACAUACAAUGUACUUUUGGUUGUUAAAAUUUGUUUAACCCAGGGCCAAAUAUUUCAGUAAUCAAAGGCAAGGACCCUUCUGCUUGUUGCUUGUGCAUUGGUUUAGCUCUAACAGUUUUCUGCUUGAUUGUGUUACUUACCACCUUGACAGGAUUUUUAUUUGCUUCUCUCUCCUCUGCCCUCAAGAUAGGUGUGAAUGUGGCAGUGAAGUGUGGCUGUGUCUGUUGUUUCAGAAAAUGUUAGAUCUUGCUAAGUGCAAAACUCUGAUUUGUCAUACACUGGUGUGACUUCUUUUGCAUGUUAUGGGCAGACUGCGUUCAAGUCAUUUGCUGCAAAUUGCAGCUGAGAAGAUAUACCUGUUAACCCAUAAAAUGCAGAUUUUCUAUUACCAAACAAAGGCUUCAAAAUGAUGAUCCUAAAUCUGGGUUAAGUGCCCUUGGAAAUAUAAAUGAUGGUCCAGAUUGAUACUGCCUUGUAGUGGAUUUGGCAAUACGUGGUUCUUAAGUCUAAUUGAAUGGAUUUUUGUGGAUUCUCCUUCCUGAAUUUGCUAAAAUGAUUCAAGAUUUAGGGGUUUUUGAUUGCUGCUGCAGGGGUAAUGAGGGACUUUUCCACAACUCGCAAUUCACUUACUGGAGUUAUUUAAAAACUUGAAAGUCUUGUGCUAGUCCUUACCAAGAAUGCAGUGAAGAGUCAAUACAAUCAGUUUUGGUUCAUUGUGAUGCAAUUUCUAUUCAUGGUGUGAGGAUAACUAAUCAGGGAGCUGAUGUAAGCUGAUGUAGUUUAAAAGUUCCUCAGAGGUUGAUAACUGUAAAGAUUCACAAUGGGAUGAGGGCUUCAUGAAGUUAAACUCCAAUGAAGUUAAAAACUUGAAAGUCUUAUGCUAUUCCUUGCCAAGAAUGCAGUGAAGAGUCAAUACAAUCAGUUUUGGUUCAUUGUGAUGCAGUUUCUAUUCAUGGUGUAAGGAUAAGUAAUCAGGGAGCUGAUGUAAGCUGAUGUUGUAUAAAAGUUCCUCAGAGGUUGAUAACUGUAAAGAUUCACAAGGGAAUGAGGGCUUCAUGAAGUUAAAUUCCAAGCUGUAAAAUAUGAUGGAUGCUGGAGAAUGGAUGAUCGCAGAUAAGUAUGGGACUGACAGAAUGACUGCUGGAAAAUCUUAAAUGAGGGAAGUCUACUUGUCAACCACUCCCGUACGGUCAGAGUGUUGGUUAAAAAUUUUGAGGACUGUACUUGAUCAAGAUUGUGUGAAGAUAGGUACGGUCACAUCAGUACUCUCAUAUGAGUUGCAGUUGGUGCAUGAUUGAUGAUGGAAGUGGGUGUGAACUUGUGGAUCAUGAACUAAGCACUAACCUUUAUUAAAUGGAGUCCAGAGGGAGUGACCUGGUCAAGAGCUUGUGGGAUGGUUAGCUGAAGACUGGAAGAGGGAGGACUAAGAUGGUGCAAGACUGGAAGAGCUUGUGGGAGGGGAUGGAAUCAUAGAUGCAAAGGGCUUGAUUUAUCUGAUACAGCCCUGAUCUCAAGUUGCAUUUCUUGUGAAAUUUUAGGGCAGAAAGAGCAAAGCCUAGUUGAAAUGUUGAAGAAGAAGAAAAGGAAAGCAAAAUUAAGAAUUACAAAGGGUUCUAUUAUAGAAGAUUACGUUUAAUGACAUGAUUUAUGAUGAUUUUUAUAGGGCAACUAAGUGCUGUCUCUCUCUGAGUUGGGGAGGAAAUCUCAAAAUAGAAGAUAAUGGGCUUCAUUCACUUCCAAUGAAUUUGCCUAUAAGAGUAUUCUUUUCUUU